AUGGCCGGAGGUGCGUCCGCCGAAAGACCGGUAGCACCCGGGUCCGACACCUUCCAGCUCCGUGUGUGGAGGGGGGGCGGUGGGAGGAGAGGGUGGGAAGCCAGCAGGGGAGGACGAUGGAUGGGUGUCACAAGCUGGGAUGGGUUCGUUGACUCAUAG